UACAGCACAUCCGAAGAGAUUUAGAGUCAGCAACGCACUCGUGGCGGCAACGGUGACAUGGCCAGUGACUUGGACAGCAAGGGCGCAUCAGAGAACUAGUGAGAAAAGAUUGUUUUUUCUGGCUUCAGAAUAGUCCUUUGGGUCAUUGAUCUUAUUUGUGAAUCGUCGGGAAAACUGAUUGUCUCUUUGAAAUGUCGACGCGAGCUUGACACCAGCGAAUUCUCAUGCAGCGUCAAGAGAUAUCGUGUUGCCACGGAGCAUUAGGAACGCACAGCAAAUGCAUGUUUCUGGGCUGACACCCUAUACCGUCUCGUUCACCACUAUGAUUAUGUCUGCUGCAGUAAUGGCGGGCAUAGUUACAGCAAUAACCCGGGUGCUUGCAGAUAUGUAUGAGUGCGGACGGCUCGCGGGUUUUAAUAAAGGCUAUUCAUUCUUGUUUUACUGUUCGGAAGACAACACUGUCGAGCUCAUCAAGACUUGCAACUGUGUGACUUGCUGUACCGUCGUCAAUGGAGGUGUAGGCGUAGACGGGUCCUUCAGCUGCACAUAAGAGGAAAAGGCGAGCCUGCUUCUUGCUUGCUGUGUCCAUAAUGUCAUAGUGAUACAUUACAGAUGUCUCCAUAAUCUGUGAUCCUGGCACAGGGGGAAUUGUUUUAGCGUCGGCCUGACUCUACCACUGCCCGCUUGUACCUGUAGUGUUGAAGCUUAACAGUAUCAAAUUGGACACAUACCUUGAUGC